AAUUGAUCCGGGGAAAUAUUGGGGGACGACGACGAAUUCCGCCGCGCGUUUAUACAUUUAAUAAUAAUAAUAUAUAUAUACGUAUAUACGUAUAUAUGUGUAUGAAAAAAAAUACGUUGCAUAUUAUGAACCGGGUAAUAAAUUUUAGUCCGUUCGUCCGUUUCGCAGUCGCGCACGUAAAAGUCCGCAGCGUCUCACGUUCCCCAAAAAAAAAAAACUCGCACACACCUACAUAAUAUAUUAUUUAAUAAAAAUAAUUUACGCGCAAUAAUAAUAAAUCGUUUUAUAAUCGUUACACUGUAUAGCAGGCGUAAUAACGAGCCGUUUUUGAUUUUUCGUUUUUCCGUUCGAUCGCCGGAUUCGAUCCGCUCUAUCCGCGCAGUCGUUUUACCGGCGCGAUGGGCAACAAGAGUUCGACCGGUUCGUCGCCGGACCGCCGAGAAGAAACGGAAACGGCCGCCGUGGUACCUGUUGGUGCCGCCGCCGCCGCCGCCGCCGCCGCUACACCUGCCGCCGCAGUCGCCAAAGUAGUCGACGAGAGCGACGAAGACGAGGACGACGACGGGGAAACGUCCGCGCCGACCGGCAGGGCCGCUUGGGUCCGCGACAUGAACGUGAAAUUGGCGAAUUUCGUCGACUCGUUCAAGAAUUACCGGAAGAUCCGAAAUGGUUUCACCCGCAUUUCUAACAACGACGACGAGAAACGAAUUAUUUGACAUUUUUUUUUGUUUUGUUAUUAUUAUCGUUUUUACUCGUGGCCACGUGUGUAUCGUUAUAACGGAUUUGAUUAUUAUUAUUAUACGAUAUUAUAAUUUAUUAUUAUUAUUACUAUUAUUUACCCAACGAAAACGCAAACGCGCCGUGACGGGUAGGUACAUUUUGUAUAAUAUUGGAUACUCGCGAUCUUAAAAGGCUGAACGAAAAGAAAAUUAUGUAGGCGUGUUUUGUUUUUUUUUUUUUUUUUUAAGAUAAGCCUAUCGUACCAACAGCCUAUACCUAUUUACCUACCUGUAUUAUAUUGCAAUAAUAAUAUACUGCAUUGUAAAAUUAUUUAAGACGGGAGAACAAACAAUUUUUUUUUCUAAAUCUCAGGAUUGUAAAGCCACCGAAUUUUUUACCGUAUAUAGGUAGUCGUUGUACGCGUUCUAUGGAUUGAAAUUAUUGUUUUUAAACGACCGUUUUAUUUGUCUAUAAUUCUAUAUUAUAUAUCAACCUAUAUGGAAAUUUACGUGAAAAAAUAUCGAAUAUGCGUAUUAUUAUAAUGUUUUAUUGUUUCAAUACAUUAUUAUUAUUAUUAUUUUUAUUAUUAUAACGCUUCUGAUAUUUUAUUUCGCAAAUAUA